AAUUUAAAGCCAUACGCUUCAAGUCAUUCGGACACUAGAUGCGGCGACAAAACGUUUUCCGGGUAAAAACCCUCGAUGAAUCUAUUCGUUCGCUCUCUAACGUUGCUCCAUUUCACCGAAUAAAACCAUCCUUUGUCUACUUUCUGAUUCCCUUUUUUUCCCCCCACCAGGACAAUUCAGACUCUGACCAGAGCAUUUCCGAAGAUGAAGAUCUCGAUGCUGAUUUUCCUGAAACUUGUGAGUAUCGGCAGUCGGAUAUAAAGGAAGAAUUGCAACUUCCAUUACGGCUGGAUCUACUGAAAGGUGCCCAUCGUGCCCUUGAAUUGGAUGGUGGAAGGAAAACUAGCCAUUUAUCUGACAAGAAGGAAACAAAUGUCUCUCAAGAAGAUGAUGUUGAAAUGCCUCUGUUCGAUAAUGAGGAAAAGAUCUCUGAUGAUGAGGAAAACAUCGUGCCUUUAAAAAUUUCUGCUACCUCUGGCACUAAAAAGUGGCAUGAAGAUGAUAACCACAGCUUUGGAAGGGGGAAGCAAGAUGAGGCACAUACAUGGUCCAAUAUAAGCAAAGAAGCUGAUGCACUAAUAUGGUUGAAUAAGAAUGCUCCAGGUUCAUCAUCCCAUUAUGCCUACCCCGUUGCAAACAAACCCCAAAAAGGCAUGAGAUGCAAGGCUAAGCGAAAAUUCUCAUUCCGGUUCCAGUCACGUGAGGGAGGACUCUCUUGUCCCUCUAUCUCUAAUGAUGAAAAAUAUGUGUCACUCAAGGAUCAUGAAGCAUCCGAAAGAUUGGAAACCAUUGAGCCUAGAUCUGAAGAACAUUCAAUUGCUGGGGUUGUUGAAGAUUAUCAAAGAGAGAACGAAAUUCAGUCAGAGGUUGUGUGUGCUGAAGUAGGAGCUCUUGGGCAUGGAGGCAUUGAGCAAUCAAUGUCUGAUCUUUUAGAUGGCCUUCAGGAUAGGGCUGUUGUGCAGAAAGGAGUUUCAGCAAAGCAGUGUAGUAAUACCAGAGGUAAAGAGGUACAGAUUGUUACAAAGAGAAAUCCCUCUUCGCUGGGAGAUAGAACUGUUGACAGUGAGGACUCCCCUGAAUCUAUGGAUAGUGGAUCAUCUAGUGAGGACGAGGUACUUGUUGUCUCUACUCACAGUCCUCCCCUUCACCCCCUUCCUUUCUUGUUAAUACUAUAUACAACAUGUAUUAUUGGUUAUAUGCUAAAGCAGGCCAGAGAUCAAAAACUUGAGGUUAAUAUCCCAGAUAUGAAACGGCAAACUAUGACAGACAGGUUUCAAGCAGCUUUAGGUGCUACUUUUUUAAAUGAGGAAGGGGCCCUUGUUGCAGUGCCUAAACCAUCAGGAAUUGGCUUGUUUGGGAAGUUGCAGCAGCUCAUGCAGAGUGAAAAAGAAAGAGAUGUGAUUUUCUUGAAGAAGUUGCAGACUGGAUCUGGUACAAAUGACGAAGCAAGCUGCAUUGUUGUUAAGAUCCUUGCAAGAUGCUUGGAUGCAAAGAUGACGGUUUGCCAAUGCUCUUUUGUCAAGAACAUGGAGACCCCCAUGCAGUCAGGGAGCCCUAGAACAAUGGUAAAUGGAGGAAGGAAAACAACAAUUAUUUUUCAUCCUAGGGUUAGUGGUGAUGUUGACCUUGAAGUUGGGAACUUGAUUCGCAUUCACCCCCCAUGGAGGGAGGUUCAAGUGGGAAAUGAUGAGAGUAUUGUUCUCUCCACAUAUUUCUCCCAAGUUCUAAUUUGACCGUGUAAAGUAUGCCAGAAGUAGAUAUGAUAAGGAUAAUGUGCCAUAUUCAGUUGCAUCUGGAAUCUGUUUGUCCAGCCACCAAACUCUGUUUCCGUUGGCAUAGGCAAGAGACAUGGUUGCACAAAAAGGAAGAUGAAAAAAUUUCUUACUUUUCUCAAAAAGGAAGAAAUUUAUAUACAUACAUACACACCCAGAUGGUUUGGAUCUUGAUCAUUUGACAAGAUGAUGGACGGAAAGAACGUAAAAGUUCUAGCUUUCAAUUUCAAUUUUAUUCGUGGCUGGAACAGUAUAGAUACUCAUUUGAUGUGAAAUAUUUGAAGUAGCUACUUUCACGAGGAAGUGAGUAUCUAUAAGCUGUGAACUUUGAUGGAUGCAUUCCCACACAAUUAGUUAUUUACUUGAGUCUGUUGCAGCUAAAUUAUCUCACUAGAAGUCACUCUCUUUAUGGCCCGUGUUAGUUAACUAAAGUAAUACGCUUUAGUUGGUCUGUCGUCUUGGAAUUCAAUUCUGUACUAAAAAAGAUGGUUGAUGCCUACCAGCCAACA